AUGAGGUCUUUCGUUAAUUUCACAACCAUAGCCUUUGUGGUUGCUAUGGUGUUGGCCAUCUCCCUUACGGAAGCCUUAAGAGUCCACCAGGGAUUUGCAGAUUUACCCCAAAAAGUGAAGCAGGUGGGGGACGACAAAGAACAGAAAAUUGAAUCCCGCAUUAUUGGCGGUGAGAUAGCUGCCGAAGGUUCAGCACCCUGGCAGGUUACCCUGCAAAAUCAAUAUGGCAAUCAUUUCUGUGGAGGAGUCAUCAUCGGAGAUAAACAUGUCCUGACCGCUGCAAGUUGCGUAGCUGGCCAGCAAAAACGUAACAUUAAGGUGAUCAUGAGUACCAAUGACUGGAUGGGUUUGGCUUGGCUUUACGAAGUUGCGGAAGUCUAUACCCAUUGCAAUUUCGAUAAGCCAUUGUAUCACAACGAUAUUGCUGUCCUCGAAUUGGCCACCUAUGUUGCCUAUGAUGAAAAGACCCAGAACAUUACCAUGGCCCAAUUGGAUGAUUUGAAAGAAGGUGAGGUGGUAACCAUGACCGGUUGGGGUAAUUGGGAGGUGGGUCAAACUUAUUUCCCAUCGGAUUUGAAGAAGUUGUCGGGCAAGGUGAUUAGCAAUGAAGAAUGCAAGCGUAUCUAUGGUAAAUAUGCCGAUGAUGUUGAUGAUGGUCAUAUCUGUGUCCAGCCACCUUAUGGUUCGGGUGCUUGCCAUGGUGACACUGGUGGUCCUUUGGUUGAUUCUAAGGGACGUUUGGUUGGCAUUGGUAACUGGGGUGUACCCUGUGGUCAUGGUUUCCCAGAUGUUUUUGCUAAGGUUUCAUUCUUUUACGAUUUUAUUCGUACCUCUAUUCAGGGUUGUGCUAUGGCUCCUUGA